AUGACCGACGAUCUGAAUGCCACUGGCGCCCUUGCGCUGCCUUCAACGAAACGCUCCGUUCCGAUCGCCCUGAUCCGGGCGCGGGAAAAGGUCAUGGGCCCCAUACGCGAGAUGCUGUCGGAUUGCGGCAUCACCGAGCAGCAGUGGCGGAUCCUCAGGGUUCUGGAAGAGUUCGGACCGCAGGACGCGUCAUCGCUGGCCGAGCGGGCCUGCCUGCUCUUGCCGAGCCAGACACGGAUCGUGCAGACGCUCCUGGAAAAGGGCCUUGUGACCCGUCAGGCAGACGAGACGGACCGGCGCAAGCAGACGGUCGCCAUCACCGAGGCCGGUCAGGCGAUCAUCCACGACAAGCUGGACCAGGCACAGGCCAUCGCCACACGCAUCGAGGAAGUCAUCGGCAAGGACCGGCUGGCAGAGCUGCUGGAUAUUCUGGAGGAUUUCCAGAAGCUCUGA